AUGUCCACAGCAAGGAAGCUCACGGACGCCAUCAAGGAGGAUCACCAAGAGAUGUAUGAGUACCACGAGCAAUUCAAUAAAGCCAAGGGCGACGUCGACGCGCAAACACGCUGGGCACGCCAGCUCACCUGGGAGAUUGCUCGACACGCCGUCGGGGAAGAGAUUGUCGUGUACCCCUUAAUGGAGAAGCACCUCGGACAACACGGGCUUGACCUCGCGAAUCAAGACCGCAAGGAACACUUAACUGUCAAGACUUUGCUCUCCAAGCUCGAGUCACUCCAGCCUGGGACGGCCCCUUACGAUCAGACCGUGUCUGAAAUCAUGCAGCACCUGCAUGAGCACAACGACAGUGAAGAAACCAACGACCUCCCUAUCCUUGAAGCCAAGAUCGGUGCAGAAGGGAGUGAAGCUGCUGCUGCUUCGUUCACCCGUACCAAGAGAUUUGCCCCUACGCGUGCUCAUCCGGGUGCACCUGACCGUCCUCCUUAUGAGACACUCAGCGCCUUCAUCGCUACGCCAAUUGAUAAGUUGAAAGAUAUGUUCGCUAAGUUCCCAACAGAAGAGAUGAAGCAGGCUGCUAAGUGA